GGUUGGCAUACCAACAGUUUACUCCUACUGACCGCCGCUCCCGUGUCCAUACUCCGUCUCGAAGCGUGGAUUUUUAAAAGUCUCCGGACCUCUUUUUUUUUUUAAAUCUCCUCCGUCCACUACCGCCCAGCGACACUCCACAGACGAGCUGCUGAUAAAGACCGGCAAAGUUCAAAGGUUUCGGCUCAGAGCCUGCGAGACAAGAGCUGCGCUAAUAAACCCAAGAGAAGGCGUCAACUUCACCUGAACAAAGCUCGAGGAGACAGACAUGGGUCAGGGAGAGGCAUCCGCACGAGGGACAACCAUGACGGGCGACUGUCUAAACUGCAUCAAGUACCUCAUGUUACUCUUCAACUCCAUCAUGGCUCUGGUGGGUGCUCUCUUUCUCGCCGCUAGCGUGUGGGUCUUAUUGGACACUUCAGGACUCAAACAUGUCAUUAUGAUCAACCCCCUGCUGAACCCUACCAUUUAUGGCUUCCUGAUCUUGGGAGGCGUGCUUUUCCUUCUGGGCAUCGUGGGAUGCACCGGGGCCGCCCGUGAAAACAAGUUUUUGCUCAUGGUUUCGUUCACAGUCGUCCUCUUGAUUUUUGUGUUGGAGCUGAUUUGUGCCAUCUUGCUCUACAAAAACCUUGGGAAACUCUACAAGGACUAUUUUGCAAAAGAACUUAAAGAAAACUAUGGAGAAAAUUUACUAUUUAGCAACGAAUGGGAUGACAUCAUGCGCGACUUCAAAUGCUGUGGAGUAACCGAGUACAAAGAUUUUAAGGAAGAGGUGUGGCCACCAGUCUGCUGCCCGAACAAAGUUAAUAAGAAUUGCACAGAUGAGGAGAUCUUCCAAAAGGGUUGUUACGAUGUACUCUUCCACCGCUACGACAAAUACAUCUAUUCAAUUGCAGGCUUUUCCGUGAUAUUACUGUGCACUGAGAUCUUUGCCAUGUUCCUCUCUCUGAUGCUCUACCAGUCCCUGCAGUAGAAGGAGGUUUGGGGGUUUGAAGAGCAAAAAAGGGAACUUGGGUGGAAAGAUGAUAAUGGACACGUGUAAUUUAAUGAUUUUAUUUAAAUAAUUGGUCGGGGGAAAGAAUAAAUUCUUCAACUCUUGUACUUCACAGCUGGACUUUUGAGGUAACAAAGUACACAGCCGCCCACACAAGGUGGGAGCUUGUACAGAUUGUGUGUGUUUAGUGGAAACAUGACAUUUGUGGACCAGGUCUUGCACAGACCGGGGUCAAGUAGACCGGACAUGAGGACCAGAAGGCACUGCACUGACUUUUGGAUGAAGACUAUUUAUAUGAAGUCAAACUUGUUUGAUGUAUAUUUCAUGGCUGUUUCCCUUUCCCUUUAAUAUUGUAUAUUGUUACAUUCCCACAGCCACUUAGUGUUAUGCUGUAAUAUAGAAGCUCUGGAGGUGUGUUGAUGCAGUUUUCAUGUCACCUUGCCAGCUGCUCACCGACCACCUUCAGCUUGAAACACCACUUAAUUGUAUUUUUUAUUUUUUGUUUGCUAUGGUGACGUUCACUGCAGUACGCGUAUCGUGACUUUGUGACUAGGUGGGAUUUUAGCUGUUGAAAUGUUUGUGUAUGCAUUUGUAUCAGAUCUUGUAAAUAAAUGGUAUUCUGAA